AUGUCACUCAAGAACAUCGCGCUCUUCGGCGCCAACGGCCAGAUUGGCAACUCCAUCCUCAAAUCCCUGGUAGACUGCAAAUCCCAAACCUUCAACAUCCUAGCCAUCAUAGCUCCAGACUCACCCUCACCCUCGGAAGCCUCCAACAACAAUGUCACAAUCAAAGAAAUGGAUCUUCUGCACACUUCACGGCAAGAAAUGGCUCAAACACUCCAAGGCGUUGAUGCCGUGGUCAGUGCUCUAAACGGACCAGUUCUAGAUGCUCAAAUCGACAUUCAAGAUGGAGCAGCAGAUGCAGACGUCAAACGCUUCUUUCCCUCAGAAUAUGGAAUGCACCAUAUAUACCGCAAACCCAAUGAUGCACAGGGCUACAUACAUCCACUCUGGGAUGCCAAAGCAAGACUCAAUGAACACUGUAUCCAGCAUCCAGCCAUCGCAAGCGGCAAAAUGUCUUAUACAAUGAUUGGCUGUGGAGAUUUCUACAACCAAGACCGCGAAAAUGUAUGGUGUCCAUGGACGCAAAAGGAUGUUGACGAAUACACUUUCCACAUCAUUGGCGACCCAGACGCAAAAGCGGAUUACACCCACAUCUCCGAUUUUGGACACUAUAUAAGCGCCUGCCUACUCUCCCCCUCAACGUCAGAAAACGUACAUUUAAAUUUUCCUUCUGACCACAUUUCCCACCGCGAGAUUGCGGAUCUGCUAGAAAAGCAUUCAGGCAAAAAAGUCAAAAUGGACAUUAUGGAUGAAGAUAAAAUGCACGAGGUUUUGGCUGAUCCAGAGUCUGCACCCAAGGAAUUGCAGAACCAAAGUGCUUUCCCGGUGGACUUUUGGUUCUUGGUCAAGGGUAUGCAGGGGAGUGGCAGGUUUUGGCGGCCGAGGGGGAUGAAUCAUAAUCAUUUGUUCCCGGAUGUGAAGCCUACGGUAUGUUGUUGA